GCAAACUUUCCAGAAGUUUCCUCUCAGUGCAGGACAGACUUAAAGGCAGAGAAACUACUAGAAGGAAAGUUUGAAAAGCGAAGAACGUUAUGGCUGGAAAGAUGUGGGUAAAGAUCUUGGCGAGCCUGUGUCUGCUGGCCAGCGUCAAAGCAGACAAGAAGCUCAGCAGCCAUGCCACCAUCUUGGCGGACAGCAGUACCAACCUGGCCUUCAACCUGUACCACAACAUGGCCAAGGAGAAAGAUCUGGACAACAUAUUAAUUUCACCAGUGGUGGUGGCCUCCUCACUGGGCCUGGUCGCUCUCGGUGGAAAGUCCUCUACAGCUUCUCAGGUGAAGACAAUCCUUGGAGGCGAUAAAGUAAACGAUGAGAAUCUUCACUCAGGCCUGGCUGAACUUCUGACCGAAGUUAGUAACUCCACAGCAAGGAACGUGACCUGGAAGAUUAACAACCGGUUGUACGGCCCGAGCUCAGUCAGCUUUGAGGACGCCUUUUUGAAGAACAGCAAGAAGCACUACAACUAUGGGCACUCCAAAAUCAACUUCCGUGACAAGCGGAGCGCGGUCAAUGCCAUCAACAAAUGGGCUUCCAAGUCUACUGAUGGCAAGUUGCCUGAGAUUACCAAGAAUGUGGAGAACACAGAUGGAGCCAUGAUUAUCAAUGCCAUGUUUUACAAGCCUCACUGGGAUGAGGAGUUUCAUCACAAGAUGGUUGACAGUCGGGGUUUCCUUGUGCAUCACUCCUACACUGUGUCAGUACCCAUGAUGCACCGCACAGGUAUUUAUGGUUUUUAUGACGAUGCUACCAACAACCUUUGUGUGCUGGAGAUGCCGCUGGCUCAUAAGAUGUCGUCCAUCAUUUUCAUCAUGCCCUACCAUGUGGAGUCUUUGGAAAGGCUGGAGAAGCUGCUUACACGUAAGCAGCUGGAUACUUGGCUAGCUAAGGUGGAGCAAAAAGCUGUGGCUGUCUCAUUACCAAAGGUCAGCAUGGAGGUUAGCCACAAUCUGCAGAAACAUUUUGCAGAUCUCGGUGUGACUGAAGCCGUAGAUAAAACCAAGGCUGAUCUAUCCAACAUCUCAGGGAAGAAAGACCUCUACCUGGCCAACGUCUUCCACGCCUCCUCCAUAGAGUGGGACACAUUCGGCAACCCCCCAGACCUCAGCAUCUUCAGUACAGACAAGAUCAAGAACCCCAAACUAUUCUAUGCAGACCAUCCCUUCAUUUUCUUAGUGAAAGACAAGAAGACGAGCUCCAUCCUCUUCAUCGGCAGGCUGGUCAAGCCCAAAGGCGAAAAGAUGAGAGAUGAAUUAUAACUAACUUGAACGUGUUUGAAUUUAGUAAAUCGUUUGUGUGUAUGUUGAUGGUUUGUGUGUGUGAGAGAGUGUGUGUUUACUUUUGACUGAACCAGCAAAGGAGUUUAAUACCUCAAGAGGACAAUUCUUGAACAUCUGUGGACCACCAUACAUGUUUUUAGAAACUAUAAUAUAGUGCUGUGUGAAUUCUAAAUAGCAGUCAAACUCUGCUAAACGUUGGUAUUGAGGUUAAAGUGCUGUUACUUAUUUGUUCAUUUGUUGUUUGAU